AUGGAGCGCGUGAAGACGAUCACCAAAGAUCUGGACGAGAAGACCCUCUCUUUAUUAAAGAAGAGACUCGACAAGCUCUUGAACAGAACAACAGGGAGUUUGGAAGACACCACAGAGGCCCUACUAAAAGAGCGUGGAAAGAAAGAAGUAUUAAAAAGGGUCAAGUGCACGCUGAAGAAAAUCAGGAAAAAGAUGCAUACCAAACAUACGAGAAGAUAUGUUGACGGCGUUCAAACACAUUCUGGACACAUGAGAGUUCAAAAGCAUAACAGUCUUCCCCAACAUAAUGAUAAUAAUAAUAAUACUAAUUCUGUAUCACAUGGACAACUGCCGAUUCAGACCCCAAAUCAGUGUAACUUAGCAAUUGACCAGAAGGACGGUUGUACAGCAUUUGCUCCAAUCAUGGCAGAAAACACCAUAUUUGGUGGCGUUAUCAUGAACCAACAUGUGCCACAGGCGUCCCACUCUACCUCAGUAAACAAACAUGAAGUUCUUCAGAAAGUAAAGAAUAAAAUGAAAUCAAAAAUGAGGAGUGAAUCUGAGCAGAUUUUGCAAGGAAUCAAGGAGUCGGUCUCUCUGAACAAGAUCUACACACAACUGUCUAUCAUCAAUGACGAGUCGGACCCCAUCAACAGAGAACAUGAGAUCUGGCAGAUCGAGACGACGCAUGAUUUAAACACAUCAGCACCGACGGACAUAAACUACAAUCAAAUCCUUCAACCGCCCACAGAUGAGAACAGAACCAUAAAGACUGUUCUGACCAAAGGAAUUGCUGGAAUUGGGAAAACGUUCACCGUGCAGAAGUUUGUCCUCGACUGGGCAAGCGGAGAAUCAAACCAAGAUCUGGAUUUUGUGUUUCUCUUCCCGUUCAGAGAGCUGAACUGGCUUGAGGAAGAAAAGCAGAGUCUUUUUGACCUGAUCUGUGUGUUUUACCCUGAGUUUACAGAGGCAAAACAGAUCACUGAAUGGAUCUGCAAUAGGAAGGUUCUGUUCAUCUUAGAUGGUCUGGAUGAAUAUAAAAAGGGUUUGAACUUUAACAGCCUUUUGUCGGAUGUGACUAAAGAAGCCACAGUGGACGUCCUUCUGGUAAACCUUCUGCGAGGAAAACUUCUCCCGUCCGCUCACGUGUGGAUCACCAGCCGUCCCGUCGCAGCUGGACAGCUUCCGUCUGAGAUCUUCCGAAAGGGGUACAUCACGCAUAUCAGAGGAUUCAGAGAUGAGCAAAAGGAGGAGUACUUCAAAAAACAUCAUCGAAAAUCGGAAUAA